UUCACGUAUCCUCCUACACACUAAAGAAUGGUAUAGAUAUUUCCCGCACUGUGAGACCGUGGACAUUUGGCUCAGCUGCGUGAACAAUACUCCAAACAACGAACCUUCGAACUGAGACACUGAAUCUGUAACUCUCAGCCGCCUUAGUCCUGCUCGCCUCGCCACUGCCGCGUGGUUACGUCAAGACAGCGGGCGGCCGCGUACUAGUUUCCUUAGUACUUGUGCGUCCGUAGCAAUACCGUGUGCUGUAAACUGCUGAACGAACUGAGAUACUCAUUCAGUUUUGGUCGACCUCUCCAUUAUCUCGUGGUGACGUAAAGGUGACGGCCCGUGUGUUAGUUUCCCCGGUAAUUGUGCCUCCGUAACAUUACUGUGUGCAGUGGUCGUGAGAACUGCGAGGCGGCGGUGUCGACUGUGCCGUGGAGAGCCGAGGGGUGUUGGAAUCGCCUCUCAGUCACCUUGAAGGCGUCAUAUUCCCUCCCUGCUCUUCCCCGUGUCUUCCUGUCGAUGUUGAGUGCGUGGGGGCGGGGCGGCCACAGUGCGCCCCUUCAUUGUGUUCAGACAGGAGGAGAGCGGCAUGGCAGCGGAAAAAUGCAACUUGAAGCCCACCACCUGAAGGCCGCUGAACGCCCUGACCAGAGCGGCAGUUGUGUGAAGUACUGCCGCCCCGCCGCCGCUGUCUGGGAGUGUGCUGCCUUUUGGAUCAAACGUUCCAGGAGGCGGCUAAAGACCCAAGGAAUGCCCGCCGCUGUCAAGUUCUCUGAUCACACCUGCUGCUGUGUGCACUCCAUGACAUACUCCCACAAGUCCACAAAAAUUACUUAAUUAUCACUGUGAGAAUGAAUGUUCACCCUCUCUGCCUGACUGACCCUGGCAACUGUUCCGGCAACUGACUGACUCUGGCAACAGACCACCAAACUGACUGACUAAGUAAGAGCAACUCCAACUGUACCGACCACCAACCUAACUGAUUCUGGGGAGCAGGGGAGGUGUGAGUGUGCUGUACCUCCUACUCUCCCCACUCUGACCCUGACUACAGACCUGACUGAUC